GCAGCCGUCGCCUUAGCAACAGAUAGGGUUUGGGUGCUUUGCGGAGCAUCAGGAUUCUUCUAAACUGGGUGGAACUGUCGUAAAAAGGCAAAAACGCCUUAAAUCUCCAGGUUGCUGACUGAAGCCGGGAUGGCUACAAGCAGCCCGUCCGUGUUCCUCCUCACGGUGAACGGGCAGAUUGAGGGAGCAAACUUUCCAGAUUAUGACAACUUGUACUGCAAAUACUGUUUUGUGUACGGACACGACUGGGCUCCAACCUCUGGGCUGGAGGAAGGCAUCACUCAGAUAACAUGUAAAGGCAGUCAGGCUUCACACAAACUGAUCUGGAACUUCCCUCUGGAGACGACGUUUAAGAGCACAAACCCCUCUGGAUGGCCUCAGCUGGUGGUGAGUGUUUACGGUCCAGAUGUGUUUGGCAACGACGUGGUCAGAGGCUACGGAGCAACACACAUCCCCAUCACACCUGGACAACAUACACGAACCAUCCCCAUGUUUGUUCCUGAGCCCACAUGGAGACUUCAGAAAUUCACAAGCUGGCUGUUGGGGCGGCGGCCUGAGUACACAGACCCUAAAGUAGUGGCCCAGGGUGAAGGCAGAGAAGUGACGCGGGUUCGCUCCCAAGGCUUCGUCACCGUCUCCUUUCACAUCAUCACUAAAGACAUGAAGAAACUGGGUUACGACACGGGACCAUCAAGCCCCUCGAACACACCGUCUGCCACGUCGGGCUGGUCGACAGAGGAACAACCGCACAACACGUAACAACACCAGAGACUGUUCAGAGAGAUUUUGUACACAGAUUUUUGUAAAUUUUUUGGAGCGUUUGGCCCCCACCGAAAUGAAAGCUCGACACUCAUGUUACAUGUUAAACGACUCGUGUGCUAAAUACACAAAACUGCAAAUACACUAACUGCAGAAAGUGGCAACAGUGUAAGGGGCAACUAUGACCAAUCAGAACACACACAUCACUCCUUUAUCAAGAUUUUUUUAGUAAAUGUAUACGAGACUUCUUUUUAUGUAAUUUUAGAUAUUUCAGUUUGAUUCAAUUUUUACUUUUUUAAAUAAAUAUAAUUCAU